CCUCAUAAUCCCAAUGUACAAUCCAGGCUAAAAACGCACAAUGUCCCGUGUAUUUGGUUUGUUUACAAAAACGUGACACGGCCCCUUUACUUCAACAAACAUGGUGAAAAUUAUACCCAUAAAUCAGCAAGACAAAUGACAUUUUUCAAAACACAACAAAAUCAUCCAGCACAUUUCUUAUGUCUUUUGCCGAAACAUCUCAAGUCUCAAUAUUACACAUAUUAUCGACUUUCAAUUCGAAGUAGACAUUCAUUUUGUUAAUUUUCCUGUUAAUAAAUUUGCAACAUUUUUACCAAAAUGAUGUCCAUAAUUCCGCUUGUUUUUUCAAAUGGUACCCAUAAUUCCGAUACCGAUAAUGCCACAUAUUUCAAAGACUGAUACAGAUUAUUCAAUACUUUUGAAAAAAGGUACCCCUAAAUAAUUUUACGUCCUCAUACCGCAAACCUACAAAGACACUAUUUUGCCUUCGUAUCAAUGCAUUAAAAGUUGCCAGUGCAACCGCCAAAACUAAUCUUUUGUGGAAUUACUCUAUUACACACCAGUACAAAAUUGCUUUAAGAUGAGAUCUUUUUCUGGAUCUGACAAGAAUUUUGCGAAGUGCGGAGAAGACGAGUUACAAUGACAAAAAGGGUUUUUCUCUGGACUGCUCCAAGAAGUGUCUCAAAUGCAUUCGAGCGCUCAUUCCGGGAGCUAAAGAACAGCAAGACUUUUCACGAGCCUUACUGUUGUGCUUACUAUUUUGGGCCGCAACGACAAAGCACUCGGUAUGAAAACCAGGCUCCCGACGAAGUGCACAAUUACAAGGCCAUCGGCGAAAACCUACUAAAAGAAUAUGACGGUAUUGACUUGGUCUUCGUAAAAGAUAUGUCAUACGGCGUUGAAAAUCAUUUCAACGAGUUACUCGGUGACGGAAUGAGCAGCUUCCAGCACACAUUCCUCAUACGCGACCCAAAGAAAGCAGUACCAUCACUGCACGCUGCAUCAGUGAACAAACAGCUAACGGGAUGGGACUACUUUGACCCAAAGGAAAGUGGCUUCAGGCAAAUGUAUGAGCUGUACAUGUUUGUUGUCAAGCACAUAGACAAAUGCCCUGUCAUAGUUGAUGCAGAUGAUUUGUUGAAUGACCCAGAAGGUAUAAUGCAGGAAUAUUGUGAAAGGAUUGGCGCUAGGUUUGAAAAGGAAAUGCUGGAAUGGGAGCCAAGCCAAGUGCCGGAUUGGGAUAAAUGUGUAGGUUGGCACAAAAAUGUAUUGAAAAGCUCAGGAUUUCAAAAAAAGGAUCCCAACAAUACCCAGAUCGAUGCCUCAAGAAAAGGCGAAGAGAAAUUACCAAAUGUAGUUAUGCAAACGAUCAAGAACUGCAUGCCAUUUUACGAAGAAUUACACAAAAACAGAAUACGGACAAACACUACUAAAGGUCACAAAAGUGGUAUCGGGAAUAUCGACGUAUAA